AGAAAAGUUAUUUACAUAUAUCUAUGUUGUUGAUUUUUUUUUUAAAUUUUUUUCGUAGUUCUGCCACUCAAAAAGUCUACAAGUUUAACAGUGGUAAACGUAAAUAUACAAUAGUGACCUGGAACGGGACAUACGCCCUUAAGAACGGGGGGCAACUGGAGUGAGCCGCCCCCAGUGACGUCAUGUGCGCGCUGCAGCUGGACGACUUGUUCGACAAGAAGAAGGAGGCGCCCCAGGCCCUCGACCUGUCGCGCUGCGUCAUCAAGUCGCAGGAGGAGUUCCGGCGCCUGCUGGAGAAGGUGCCCGAGUACAAGAUACGUCCCGAGAAGGUGCGGCCCGAGGACGUGAAGGCGCGCGAGAAGAACUUCUCGUUCCACGUGCGGCGCAAGGAGCUGCGGCGGCAGCACGAGCACUCGUACGCGGACCCUUGCCCGCCCGAGAUGCGCGCCGUGCGGCUCGAGGACCUCAGCUCGGUGGCCAUCGACUGGAAGAUGCUCACGUCGCUGCGGCCCAAGACUCGCCAGGACGAGGAGAUGUUCUCCAGGCUGGUGUACAUGAGCCGCAUGCACCUCCGCACAGCCGCUGCGUCCAAGAGAGGCGCUGCAGCGGAGACCUCUGCUCUGGUGAGGCGCGGGAAGAACCGUGCCGGCAUCCUGGAGACUAAGGUGGCCGUGUGCGGCGAGUGUGGCGAGGAGUACUGCACUGGCACCACCUGUGGCAAGUUCCUCUACGACAUGUUCACACGCGUGGAUCUGCCAGAGUCGCGCGCGGUGGUGGGGGCCAAGGAGCGUGGCCGGUCCACUACUGCCUCCAAGAAGAAGGCCUCUGCCAAGAAGCCUCGGUCCAGCCGCCCACGCAAGAGGUCUGGCAGCAGCAAGCGCCGGAAGAAGAAGUCCAGGAGCCCAUCCAAGGGCAAGGGCAAGAGUCCAUCUAGAAGCUUGUCCAAGGGCAAGAGUCCAUCAAGAAGCCCGUCCAAGGGCAAGAGUCCUUCUCGAUGCCCGUCCAAAGGCAAGGGCCCCACCAGGAGUCCCUCCAAGAGUGCACCACCCAAGGGAAAGCCAAGAAGCCCAUCAGAAAGCCCAUCUAGAAGCCCACCAAAAGGCCAGCCCUUGAGAGCCAGCACCAGGAAGCAGACCUCAGUCCCAGUGAAGAAGGCAACAGCCAAAAUACUUCAAAGUGUCAAGUAACCUAUAGUUCAGUAAAAUGUAUCACUUCGCCUGGAAUUUUUUUUUUUUUUUUCACUGAACAUUUCUAUUGUAGUGUCCUCAAUUAUAUUGUCUUCAAAAACUCGAUUUUUGACCAUUCACCCAAAAUACCAAUGAAAAGAUGGCCAAGGAAUUAGAACUGGUCGGAAAGAAUCCAAAUAGUUCCCAGAGCUUAAAAACACGCAUCUGAAGUCCAUCAAACAACAAGCCUGCUGAAUGACAUUGAACCCUUAGUUGCUUAGUUAAUUUGUAUUUUUAUUUUGUUUUCAAGAUUAUCUAGAAUCUAAAAUAAUCUUCACACACCCCACUAAAGAAAUGGACGAAAAACGAACAUUAAAUCUAUUCAUCUCAAACAGUGGUAAAUGGUGGAAUAUUUUUCGGGGGUAGGGGAAGGCGAAUGGUGUAUUUUGUAAAAUAUAGAUAUUAUAUAAAAUUAUAGCCUAUUAUAUAAAACAUAAAUUAUAUACUCUUUGGUAGUAGCCAUAGAUGACGCAGCUUCUCACAUAGUAACGUACAGUCUUUAUUGAUUUUGACGCUGACCGCCAGUGUUCCCUCUGGUCGUGCAGACCAUUCUGCCCUGUCAGAAGAGUCUAGCGGCAGCAAUACUACCUUCCUGCAACUGGCUGCAAUGCCGCACCGCUCACGCUCGUUCCGGGGCCGGCUGCACGACCAUAUAUAUCAUCUGAAACUUCUAAUACAAUUUUACAUAUCUGUAGUUACAGGAAUCAUUUAAAAGCAAGCAAUACACCACCUGUCUUUGUAAGUUAUUUCCAAAUUAAUGAGAAGGGUUACGUAUUUACGCAAAGUUGACCUAGACUGGCUGCCGAAUGAUGCACGUGUCUCCUGCGCAAGCUGCCCGGGAGGUGAUCUCUCUCAGCCAGGGGAAGGCAGUCCCGACAGCUCCUCUCGGGUAAGGACCUGUCUCACAACCAUGGCUAGGAAGCUUUUCUGCAGCAGACAACCAAUAGCAGUAAUAGUAAGUUCCUCAGUUAAUCCUCUUACGCACCCUGCGACUUCACCCACACUGUCUAUUUCUUAUAUGGGUUUCUACAUUUAAUGGUACCUGUAACAGUGCAUCUUCGAAACUAUCUCUGAAGUUACGCCAAGACACGAGUUAGUCUCCGGCCUCUUUGAAGUGGAUUUGGCCACUUUGGCGGUGUGCGAGGAUCAUUUGUGUGCUCCGCAACCAGCCUGCGGGCGUUUAACGUAAAUUGAAUGUAUACUGUGUUAGGAUAAUUGUAUUCAUGCUCCCCUGUGCUGCACGUUAUGUACGUCCCUGCAAUCAUUCAUUCGUGGGACGGAUGUUCUAUGUGUUUUCACGCUUAUAGUGUGCUACUAGUGUAGCUUUCACAGUUACCCACUGAACUCUCUUUGCGCUCCUAGAGCCUAGUCAUGCACCACGUGUGACUCUGUGAUCAGGUCACCGAACAGCUGUGGUUUACGUCAGAAGAUCCUGCAAUGGUUUAGGGACCCGGUUGCAUUCCUCCCGCCAUUAAGAGAUGUGCAACAGUAGGUCCACAGACUUCACGCAGAGGGACAAGUCACAGACAAGCAUAGUUGCUGUAAAGGGCGUGCAACAAAAAACCAUUUGUACCAGUGUUCUGAAUGUGAUUCUGUAGUGUUAGCAGCAUCCUGGGGGCUGUCACACCCCAGGGUAAUUCUGUAUGGCCAAAAACGCUACUGCCUGCACGCCAUGCGGUGAUGUCAACACCCAGUUUUCCCAGUCUCAUCACUCCAUAAGUUGGUGCACGGGCAUACCAUCCGCCAACUGGGGCCUGGCAUUUUCACCCUUAUAACAAGUGCAGGAAGGCAGUAGGUGUCAAUAUUUUGCAAAUUUUUCCAUUACUUGGAAAGGGAGGGGGGAAAUAUCCCGUUUAUACUUCCCCUCUGCGCCGCCAUUGGCCUCAAGAAACAAAACUAUGGAGCAGAUCCCAAACAUUACAAAAAAGAUUGCUGCUGGUCCAUCGCUAAAUAAAUUUUUAUCCACAAAAUAUUUAGUAGUAUAAAAUCAGGGAGUGAGAUAGUAACUAAAAUAUGUCAUAUUUGUUUCAACAUUUUUUAUGCCAUUAUAAUAUAUGUAUUUUUGUUUAAUAUUGAAAAUUUCGCUUUGUUAAGGCAGACAUCAUGCAUAAAGAAAUUUUCAAAGUAAGUUUUAUAGUGCAAAUUAAAAGUAUUAUUAGAAUUGUAGUGAUUUCUAAUAAUGAAUUCAAUGCUACAUGCCAAAGAAUUCACAGAUAAAACUUUUUGUAGUAACCAGUCAAUAUUACCUUUAUGCAUUUCACUAUAUUAUAUAAACUAUGCAUUAUAGAGUGUCAAAGUUUAGAAGAAAAAAAAAC